AUGUUAUCAGUGAAGAUCGUCCUCAUCCACGAGACUCAGUCAGCACUAUGGAAGCCAGAAUUACAGUCCAUCAGAACCUCUGCUGUCUCCACGCCGGACCUGCAGGUGUCUGGGUUCGACUGCCGCCGCAGCCGGGAGCGCUUGGACUCGGGGAUCCCAGACAUUUUUCAAAGCGGCCAGUACCUCUGGAGGCUCAGAAAGGUAAAUCUAUGCAUACGUGUGUGUGUGUGUUGUGUGUGUGUGUGUGUGUGUGCUAACAGACACUGUACAGUAGUUUUAACUCUCAUUUCUGGUUUAUUUCAUGACUGUAGCCCUGUGACCUCUGCUGUGAAACCACGAGUGUCAUCAGGAAGACGCGUCACAGCAGACGCCAGCGCUCGAGGUGUGACGCAGCAGGAGAAGAGUCUGUCUGAUGGGAAUGUGAGUGUGAUCGGUCAGAGACUCGUUUACUCGAACAGAUCGUUAGAUCCAGACGAGGAGAAGCCCAGCGACAUGACAUCAUCAUCAUCAUCAUCAUCAUCACCGCAGAUCAGAGCCACCGGCCGCCAGCCGCUCCGCGCUCUCAGACCCGCUAAAGGAUCUCAGCAGCGCCGUGUCCGUGCAGUAGUGUGAGUGUCGGAGGGCGUGAUCGG